AAUAUUUUAAGUAACAGUUUCUAUAUACUUAAUUUCUAAGUGGAGUGUGGUGUGCCUCGGUGUUUGAAUUUGAGAAUAUAUCAGUUUUGAAUGCAUUUGGUCAUCACGACCAGUAGGUUGCUGGUUCAGUUUUCCAAGACUCUGUGUGAGUGUAUAAUUGUCACUUUCUGUUGGAUUAUCCGCUUGCUGCAUUUAAUGCUGUUUACAGAGGAUUUCCCUCAAGUGGUCCGAAUUAAUACAUACCUGGAGCUUUAAUACUCGACCGAAUAUUCAUAUCUGCUUCAUGCAUUUAAUUUUUCGUUAAGUUGAAACCCGAUCGAGUAAUGUGCAAGCCAAAAGCUCUGUGAGAGGUAUGUCAUUUCCCCUGCUUUCCUUUUCACAGCCCUGAAAUUCCAUUUGCUGCUUGUCCUUCUUCUGUAGGCCAAGGCAUUAAUUGGAGAAAAUUUGAAUUGAGAAUGUUCAGAAUAGUAUAGAUUCAUUAGAGAGAAAGCAGACGGGUGCUUGUAUCCAAAGUUCUCUAUUCAUCAUCAUCUCAAUCAUGUUCGUGAACAAAUGUUGUUGAAUCUAAUUAGGAACUCUCACGCGAGAUGACUGAGGAAACAGUAACUUGAUUUUUUGAAAGUAAGGACUGAGGAUGUAAAGUUUGUAAUCAUCUAUUAGGAUUGUCACCACAUCUUUGUACCGGAAAAAGGAGUACUUAUCAGGUUUUUGUUACUCAUUUGGAGUUAAAAAGUUAAUACACGAGUAUGGGGCACUUGAAGAACUUUGAACCUCAGAGGAGACAACUGUCCCCAGGCAAGGCUCAAAGUUUGUUGAAAGAGGAGAUCGUGCAGCUUCAGAAAGAACUAGAGGGUCAAACUGUGGUACGGUCUGCACUAGAGAAAGCAAUGAAUUGCCAGCCUCUCUUGGAUGAUCCCGCAUAUAAAUCACUUUCUCAGCCUGUUGAGAAUCUCAUCAAAGAUAUUGCUAUGUUGGAGUUGGAAGUUAUAUAUUUGGAGAAAUAUCUUCUAUCGAUGUACCGCAGAAGUUUUGCCAAAAGGCUGUCUACUUUGCCUACAGCAGAUGAAAGACCAAGAACCAAUGCUGAAACUCAUAAUCAGACGUCUUCUUCGGAAGUUGCCAAAUCUAAUUUAGAAUCAGUGAACGAAAAUUCAGUCAUUAGAUGUAGUACCGUUGUGCCACAUGAUGAUUCAGCGAUCAUGUUUUCUACAAAAUGCAACGACAUUAUGGGAGCAGAAACACUGAUUGACACAGGUAUAGACAGAAGCCAGUCAUCACUAUCUCACCGUUCAGCUUGUUCCUUCAGAACUUCACCUCCAUUCGAAGCUGUGGCUGAAGCUGUAGAUGCAUAUCAUUCUCUACCUUUAUCAAUGCUGGAGCGGAUACAGGACUGUACAUCUGAUGCUAAUCUGGCAGAGAAUCUUGGUUCUAGUUUCCCUGAUCGUGUUCGGGAAACACCCAACUGGCUUUCGGAGGAGAUGAUCAAAUGCAUAUCGACCAUAUAUUGUCAUCUGUCUGACCCUCCUCUGUUUGCUCGAGGUCUCAAUUCUACUUCACACUCAUCACCACCAAGUAAAUUUUCCCCAAGAAGACAUCAUGAUAUCCCCGGCCUGUCAAGUGAAGAAAAUUUGUCUUUCUAUUCAUGGCUUAACAACCCUUUCCAUGUUGACGCAUCAAAAGAAUUUUCUGGAACUUUCUUCACAAUGGUUGAGGUACAAGGCAUCUGUAGAGAUUCCACGAGGCUACAUGCUGUUCAAGACUUGCUACAAAGUUACAGAUCUCUUAUUUCUAGGUUGGCGCAAGUUGAUCCAGGGAAAUUAAAGCAUGAAGAGAAAUUGGCAUUCUGGAUUAAUGUUCACAAUGCACUAGUAAUGCAUGCAUUUCUGGUUUACGGAAUCCCACGAGGAAAUUUGAAGAGGAUCUCAUUAGCCCUGAAGGCCGCAUACAACAUUGGAGGCCAUACGGUAAAUGUGGACACAAUUCAGAGUUCUAUUCUAGGAUGCCGGUUGCCUCGUCCAACUCAGUGGCUGCACUCAUUGUUCUUCCCCAAGACAAAGUUUAAAGCUGGAGACCCUCGGAAGGCAUAUGCAGUAAAGCACCCAGAGCCUCGAUUACAUUUCGCCCUUUGUUCAGGGUGCCAAUCAGAUCCAGCAGUCCGGUCAUAUACUCCCAAAAAAGUGUUCCAGGAGCUAGAAAUGGCAAAAGAAGAGUACAUUCAAAUGAAUAUAAAGUUACAUAAAGAACAAAGAUUACUCAUACCGAAGAAUGUCGAAUAUUUCAUAAAGGAGACAGGCUUAUCUCCAUCAGGUGUAGCAGAAAUGCUUGAGCAAUCAAUGCCCGACUCCAUGAAAAACAAUUUUCACCAGCCUCAGCAAGGAAAAUUCUGGAAAAAGUUGGAGUGGAUCCCUCACAACUUCACCUUCCGUUUCCUACUCUCAAAUGAACUAGUCAGCUGAGGCACAUGCAUGAGCUAGCAAUUGGCCCAAGCUGAUAGGCGUCCGUGCAGACUUAAAACGCGAUCCUCAGUUUCAUGAAAUUCUUUUCAUGUCAUAAGUCCUUGAUUCUUGACAGCUUUGAAUGACAGAUGAAUCAUGAGUCCUUACAAAGCAUUUGGACACUAAAUCCCAGCUGAGGAACAUCCAGUUAAGUUACAUCAAUCAUAUGAGAAGUGUCGAUGAAGUCACCUGAGAAUUUAUCUGCAGAAUAAGGCAUGUAGGUGAUUCAACUGUCAUUCCAAAAACUGCUUCAUAUGCACUGAAUCACGUUGAUGAAUGUUCUGCGGCCAGGGGACAGCGGCCCCGCCCCUCCGAGUGAAGUUUAUUUCGUGUACUAAUUACAAUGUUACAUAGAAGUGCCUACAACCAAGUGCGAUUUUGUUCCUUACUGUGCCACAAUCUUCAGGCUUGUAGUCCCCAGAGUUUAAACCAGAAAUGUCUAACAUAUCUGAUGAUGAAGCAAAUUACAUAA